AUGUUGCGCGGCCGGCCGGUGAUGGUAGAACGGGUGAAGUUUUCGGUUGUCAUAGUCAGCGUUGCCGGAGCGUUUCGAAAAGGAAAGAGCUUCCUGCUGAAUUUCUUCCUUGAAUAUCUGUAUAGCUUGCAAAAGUCUCAGCAGAACGAUGCGCCACUAGAAUGGCUCACAGACGACUGUCAAGUGCACGGAUUCCACUGGCGAGCCGGUGUCAAACGAGACACUGUUGGAGUGUGGCUGUGGGGCGAGCCGAUUAUGAUCGAGGCCGCCUCGGGCGAGAUGUACGCCGUCCUUCUGAUGGAUACACAAGGCACGUUCGACAACACAUCCACCUACCAACAGUGCCUGACUAUUUUCGCACUUUCUACUAUCCUUAGCUGUAUACAGAUUUAUAAUGUGGUCGACAACAUCCAGGAAGAUUCACUGCAGCAUCUUUCACUUUUUGUUGAAUACGGGAAACUGGCGAUGUCAGAAGCGCGACACUACGGCAAGCCUUUUCAGACUCUGGUGUUUUGUGUACGAGAUUUCAAAAAUCCAGAAGAAUACGGAUACGGGUACGAAGGAGGCAAGAAGUUUCUCGAACAAGUUCUUACUCCAUCUCCCAGCCAACCGGAAGAGGUUCGAUGUAUCCGGGAACAGUUAUCAAAUUAUUUCGAUCAGAUAUCCUGCUAUCUUCUUCCUCAUCCUGGCUAUCGGGUCGCCGAGAGACAGUCGUUCAGAGGCCAUAUCAAAGGUACUGUUGAUCCCAGCACCCAUCUGACAACAAAAUGUCCGUAUUCAGAUCUGCGACCCGUAUUUCGUGAAGAAUUGAAGAAAAUGGUCUCGUCGCUGUUGAAUCCGCAUGCCCUCCAACCUAAAUUAAUCAACGGGAAACCAGUUACUUGUCGAAAACUCAUUCAGUAUUUCAAGGAAUAUGUGAAUUCCUUCGAUGGCAGCUCUCUCCCACAAGCAAACAGCAUUCUGAACGCCAAUGCUAAGCUGAUCUGCAUCGAGGCCGCUCACGAGGCCAAAGUUGCCUACUGUCGGGGAAUGGAUCGGUCUACUGUGGGCUCGCGGAUGAUUCCGGAAAAAAGGCUGCUCGAAGCCCAUAUAAAGCAUGGCAUCACCGCACUGAACAUAUACGACAGAUGUCCGAAAAUUGGAACCACCGAAAUUCGAAGUUGUCUAUUAGCUAAGCUUCAGGAGGACAUCAACGCCGAACUUGAGCGGUACAAGCGAGUGAACGCGGCGAAGAAAGUGACGGGCUGCGCGACGGCGAUGACCACCUGCGGCGACAGCUCGCUGCUCGGCCUCGGCCUUGGGGCCGCCACCUCCGGUUAG